AUGGAUAAAUAUAUCAAAGUAAAGGGAAUUGCAACACCACCACCGUUGUAUAACAAUUCAUGUUGCGGGCAGCUGCAGUGCUCAGUGUUAGUGGCAGGGGAGAUCGCAGGAGUAACUGCAAAACAACUAGAUACAUGGCUAUCGACGGUUACUCCUGUCAGAUUCAUACAUAUAAUUAAAAAGACAGAAAAAAGUUACGGGCAUAUACACUUUGGGUCACAUGCACUAGCAAGCGAAUUCUACAAUGCAAUGAACCAAACGACAUUCAAGUUUGGAUGUAGAAACGUUCGCUUCAGUGCCACCAAGAAGUUCUCAGGGAAAUUAAUAAUAUACCAGAAUGAAGAACUCCCAAAGGCCAAGUCAGUGCCCCACGCAUUAUAUCGCAAAAAAGGAUGGUUUGUAAUAAUCAUCCAUGCACCGGGUAUUAAGAAAGACCAAGUAAAGGUCGUGGGUGGAUACAAUCAGGUUGCCGUACAAGAUGGUGUCGUCACCAUCAAGGUGCGAGAAGCACCGGAACAACAAUACAUCAAGUUUUCAGUAGUCAAUGAUGAGGAUAGUGACUUAUGA